AUGGCCGCUCUAGCAUCAUCCCGUCAGCCCCCAGCGCCCCUCCAGCAGUUGACACCCCCGAGCAGCUCGCACGGUGGCGCCGGAUCGUGGGACCUGGCUGUGCCUCUGGAUAAUCAGAGAACAUCCUACAACCAAGAGCCCUACAUGCCCGCCAACGUCGUGUCUGCGCAAGCUCAUGCUUCCCGCCAGUCACCUGCAUUGCAAGCCAACGGAUUCGUGAACCCUGCUCGCUCGACCACCUGGGACUCACAGGCCCCAUACGACAAUGAACAAACAUAUCGCGCAGCCAAUGGGCUGCAGAAGAAGGCGAGUGGAGACAUGAGCGCCAUUGGCAGCGAGAAAGACAGCGUAAUGGACUACUACAAAGUCCAAGGCGGUAACAAGAAGGCGCCGCAGGCAGUAAAGGCCAAGGGGAAGGUUCAGACGAAGCCUGGAAAGGGUGGCAAAGCAGACCCAGGCUGGAAUACAGUCGAACACGACGAGAACAACUGGAUUCAUCGUGACAAGCUCAAGGAAAUCGAGAUCAAGGAGAUGGAGGAACUGGGCUACAGAGUUGUCCGCUCAAGCAGAUCCAACAGCAGAUCGCAGAGUGCGAGUCGAAAGCCACGGGUUCGCACCAAUUCCGAGUCCACCGACAGGGCGCAGGAUGCCGAGGAACGCCUCGAGCACCGUCGAGUCGUAUCUCCCAUACCAGCUGGGGACGAAGAUGCAACUGAAGAAUACCAUAUCCAGCGCCCUGCACCCUCGGAUGCAUUCAUCACUGAUGAGAAACCAACGUCACCACGAACAUCCCAUGCUGUGAAGCCGAGCACUUCUCGCAUCCCGCUACCUGGGCGCAGUGGAAUACCUGUUUCAGCUUCCGUGGUAGAGCGCGACGCACCACUGCCGAGAUCGAGAGCAGGCAGUGCAAACAUGACUGGGGAUGCCAUUGCAGCCGCUGGUGCACGAGUACGAGCAAGCAGUAUAUCAAGCCAACUUCUACUUGAUGAGCCGCGAGGGCCGCGAGAGACAACGCCGCCGCCCAAAGGCCAUCGCCGCAACGCUUCUUCGUCUGGAAGUGGUUCUUCACCUCAGAAAUCUCCCAUGAAAGCCAAGACCCCGGGAAAGCCAACGCCUACAUCUAAAGCACGCAAGACCAGCGCACAAAGAAGUGCAUCGAAGAAUCGGUUGGCUUCUGGUGCCUCAAACACAAAGCGUCCCGGCACGAGUGGUGGUUCAAUACCUCGUCCCGUUACCAGUAACCGACCAGAAGGCGAAGCGCCAUGGCUCGCAACCAUGUACAAGCCGGAUCCACGUCUUCCACCAGAUCAGCAGAUUAUUCCCACACAUGCAAAGAAGAUGAAACAAGAGCAAUGGGUGAAUGAAGGCAGAGUGGCGUCCAUGUACGACAAGGACUUCCAGCCGCUGAAUACCGACGAUCCGGCAGAAAAGCGGCUGUCUCAGCUCCUGUGCAUCGACACUGAAAAGGCACAGCAGUACGAGGAAUGGCCUCUGUCAACCCCGGCAAAGCAACCCUCACUUGAGGAUAUCGACUCGAACGCGAACAAGACUCAAAACACCGAGCAGUCCGGGUAUAAGCUUACUCCAACGAUACCCCAAAGUCCUCGCAAUCCUUCCCCCCAACCCAUACCUAUCCGUGCGGCUUCUCCGCCGAAGCCAACGACCACUCGCCUUCCGGAGCCUGUGGAGGAGGCUAAAGAGAAGAAGAGCGCCUGCUGCAUCUCGGACGGAGAAGACGAUACCAAGUCCCAGGUCAGCGCCGCCGCCGAGGUGGAGGUCUCUGCCGAUGCCUCCGCAGGCACCGGACAGAUGUCCGUGCUUGAGGCGCUCAAGGGCGUUCUCAAGCUCGCGCUCAUCCACGACGGACUUGCGCGCGGUCUGCGCGAGGCGUCCAAGGCCCUCGACCGUCGUCAGGCACACAUGUGUGUCCUGAACGAGGCGUGCGAGGAGGAGGCGUACAAGAAGCUCGUUGUUGCGCUGUGCUCGGAGCACAAGAUCCCCCUCAUCAAGGUCCCCGAUGGCAAGCAGCUCGGCGAGUGGGCCGGUCUUUGCCAGAUCGACCGCGAAGGCAACCCCCGCAAGGUCGUCAACUGCUCUUGCGUCGUUGUCAAGGACUGGGGUGAGGAGUCCCAGGAGCGCAGCAUCCUCCUCAACUACUUCCAGACCGAGCAGUAA